UCUUAUAUGUAACUUAUUUGUUUGCUACUCCCAUGCGUCCUCUACCUUGACCCUCAUUGACGACGAGCAAUUUUACGAUAAACAACGAUGGCCUCCCUCAAGUUUUGGAAUAACUCAAAUUAUGAUAGGACUACCAAGCAAACUGACAAGAAGAGGCGCAUGUCAUUAAUCAGGUCCUAUGCUCCAGAUUGGACUAUCACAAUUCUUCUGGCGAUUGUUUUCUUCGCCCUCGACGGCGUCCACGGCUUUCGACGGGGGUUUUCAGUGAACGAUGAAACCAUACUUUUCCCGUUUGCAGUCAAGGAACGUGUUCCGGAUAUUGCCCUGUACUUCAUUGCAGCUGUAGCGCCACUCGUCAUUCAGUUGGUGGUGAAUUUACUCACUGUUCGGUCAUUCUGGGAUUACCAUUGCAGCGCACUUGGUCUCAUCCUGGGACUUGCAAUAACAGGGGCCAUCACUCAGUUCACAAAGAUCACUGUUGGCCGCCCUCGUCCAGAUCUGCUUUCACGAUGCAUGCCGAUUCCAGGCUCCCAUGACCCCACUUUUGGACUCUCGACAGAUGCGAUCUGCACAAACACCGACGAAUCUAUCAUGAUCGAUGGUUGGCGCAGCUUCCCUAGCGGUCAUUCCAGCUUGUCCCACGCCGGACUUGGCUUCCUCUCGUAUUAUUUGGCCGGGAAGAUGCACCUUUUCGAUACCAGAGGCCACACUCACAAAGCUUGGAUUUCCGUCACUCCAAUCUGCGGAGCCAUCCUGGUCGCCAUUUCCCGCACCAUGGACUACCGACACCACUGGCACGAUGUUGUAGCUGGAGCCAUCCUCGGACUGGCUGUUGCAUAUUUCGCAUAUCGCCAGUACUUUCCUUCGCUAGCAUCACCGAUGUCUCAUAAGCCACACCCCCCGAGAGUACGACGUGAAGAGGAGCUACCUACUGUCAACCCCGCAACUGACCGCGGUCAGUCCUAUACAGAUGGCAUAGAUGAAGAAGUAGAGUUGGUCGGUGAUGUGCGUAAGCCUGACCCAGCUUUCGCUGAGAGACGGGGCGAAUAUGGGGUCAACGGUGGCGAAGCCCGCAUUUGAGUGUUUUUUUUUUUUUU